UGGCCUUUGGUGGGUUGGGGCUUUGCCUUCCCAGUCCUCAAAAUCUCAUCAGCCUCCUGCACCGUACCCCCCAAGGCAGCGCAGACAGCCGAGCCAGCCCAAGCCAAAAAUUUCAACGAGGAAAUCCAGUUGAUUUUCGGUGCCUUCUUCCCACGACUGCGAGUUCUCCCGGAGCACCCGCACCCAGAAAUCGCCAUCCGCAAAGACUGUCAGUCACGUUUGCCUGAACCACAACCGCGGCUUCGUGACACUCCCGCCCUCCGACCUACCCGUAGUGACAGAGCCCUGACUCUUCCCCCGGUUCUCGAUUGGAGUUCUUCACCGACACCAUCAAAGCCCGCCCUCCCGGCUCCUGAGCCAAGACCGUGAGACUUUCGCGACGACUGCCAAGCGACUCGUACACUCCUCGAGACGCAGCUCUCGCCUUUGAGGCGCACACUUCGAGCUCCCCUCACAAAGACCGCUUUUCCACCUUCCGAGGUAUAAUAAGUCAAGAUGGUCAAGGAAACAAAACUUUACGAUGUGCUGGGGGUUGCCCCAACUGCCACAGAGCAGGAGUUGAAGAAGGCCUACAAGACAGGUGCCCUGAAGUACCACCCUGACAAGAACGCCCACAACCCGGCGGCUGAGGACAAGUUCAAGGAGAUUUCGCAUGCGUACGAGGUCCUGAGCGACGCGCAGAAGCGCUCGGUCUAUGACCAAUACGGAGAGGCCGGGCUUGAGGGUGGUGCCGGCGGCGGCGGCAUGGCCGCCGAGGAUCUGUUUGCGCAGUUCUUCGGCGGCGGCGGCGGCGGCUUCGGCGGCGGUCUUGGCGGCAUGUUUGGCGGUGGCGGCGCGAGUCGCGGCCCGCCCAAAGCCCGCACCAUCCACCACACGCACAAAGUCUCAUUGGAGGACAUCUACCGCGGCAAGAUCUCCAAGUUGGCUCUGCAGCGCUCCAUCAUCUGCAAUAAGUGCGAAGGCCGCGGUGGCAAGGAGGGCGCCGUGCGUCGCUGCCACGGCUGUGACGGCCACGGUGUGAAGCACAUGAUGCGCCAGAUGGGCCCCAUGAUCCAGCGCUUCCAGACCGCCUGCCCCGACUGCAAUGGCGAGGGUGAGAUCAUCAACCAGAAGGAUCGGUGCAAGCAGUGCAACGGCAAGAAGACGGUGGUUGACCGCAAGGUUCUGCACGUCCAUGUCGAUCGUGGUGUUAAGAGCGGAACCCGCAUCGAUUUCAAGGGCGAGGGCGACCAGGCCCCUGGAAUCCAGGCUGGCGACGUCGUUUUCGAGAUCGAGCAGAAGCCCCACCCGCGCUUCGUCCGCAAAGAAGACGACCUGUUUUACAGCUGCGAGAUUGAGCUCGUCACCGCACUUGCUGGUGGCACUAUAUAUGUCGAGCAUCUCGACGAUAGAUGGCUAAGCGUCGACGUGCUCCCUGGCGAGGCAAUCCAUCCUAAUGCCGUCAAGAUGGUUCGUGGACAGGGAAUGCCUUCGUUCCGCCAUCACGACUUCGGGAAUCUGUACAUCCAGUUCACCGUCAAGUUUCCUGAGAAAAACUGGACGGACAAGGCCGAGGACUUCGAGGCGCUGCGCAAGAUUCUGCCCUCGCCGGCAGUCCAGAACGUCCCACCGGCCGACGCCAUGACUGAGCCCGCGGAUCUGGAGGAUAGCGAUACCCAGGCGGGCGGCAGGGCCUUUGGCGGCGCCACGGCUGAUGAUGACGACGACGAGGAAGGCCACCAGCACGGCGAGAGAGUCCAGUGUGCUUCGCAGUAAACUGCCAAUCACUUGUUCUAAGAACUCUCGAGCUGUAUACACGAGCCCGAUGAUACCUAGGGAAGUCGCUUCCCUGCUUGCCGCAUUCGCGGGAAACAGGAAGUGACGACAGCAAGUUGGCGUCACGACAGACGAUGCGACUUGACACGCAAGGCCACGACACAGUAGUACAGCGUCCCGGCCUGUCAAGCUUGCAAUGUCUAUCAGGCAUACCGACAAGCACCGCAGGGACCAUGUCUGCGUUGGGCUUGUAUGAAUCACUGAUCACGACUGGGGUGGGUAAUUUUGGGUUGGACCGGGUUUGAUUCCUAGCGACCUGUAAAACCCAUGGGAGCGCCAUAGCCGCGCACACUUUGGCAUAAGUCCCGCUAAGGAGGCUUGUUUUCUUCUUUUUUCCACUUCGGUUUCUUCGGUCUCCUUCGUCGUCUCGUAAACUUUUUUUUUCUGUUCAUCUGGCUGGCGGCGUUAAGAGGCAUAGAGAGAGAAGACAUUCGAGGCAUCUGCUUCCUUUUACUAAUCUUGCUGUUGCGUGAGACGCCAUCACGGCAGAGGUUGGUGCACGCCUACGCUUCGCGUACUUAAUCUCAGGGAACAUGAACUUUUGCUGUUUAUUGGUAUUAUUUGCUUCGA